GAAUACGAUGGUUGGCGAUAGUAGAGGCAACUGAAGAUUACAACCCUUUUAAAGGGAAAAGAAACAAACAAACCGGCAUCCCACUCCGCGCGAUUGACAAAAGGAUAAAAAUAAGCAUAGCGUCAUCCAAAGGUAGCGUUUGUUCUCUAUAAAUAUUAAAAGUAAAUGGUUAUUCUUAUUAGAAACUAUGUUUUCUUUUGAUUUAAACAUAGAUUUUGGCGUUCCCGAUGCUGAGAGAAAGAGGAUAAAAAUUAACAUAGCGUCAUCCAAAGGUAGCGUUUGUUCUCAACAAAUAUCAAAGGUAAAUGGUUAUUCUUAUUAGAAACUAUGUUUUCGUUUGAUUCAAGCAUAAAUUUUGAUAAUCCGGAUGCUGAGAGGAAGUGUUUUCUUGAGUUUGACAGUAACAACAAAGGGUAUUUAGACGAAAAUGAUUUUUUUAAUUUACUCCAGGCGCUCGUAUGCAAGGAAACGAAACCAACCAUAGCAGAUUCUGCGGAACUUUUCUGCUCGUUUGAUAAAAAUAAAGAUGGUAAGAUUGAUUCGGUUGAAUAUAUGAAUGUAUGGCAUAACUGGAUCAAAAAAUUGGUAAGUCCGAUAACUGCUUUACUUGUGAUAGACGUUCAAAAUGAUUUUAUAGAUGGAUCAUUAGCUCUGAGGUGUUGUCCUGCAAAACAAGAUGCCAAAGAAGUAAUACCUGUUAUAAAUAAUAUUUUACAGACUCAGAAAUUCGACGUCAUCGUUUAUUCUUUAGAUUAUCAUCCAGAAAAUCAUAUAUCUUUCAUUGAUAAUGUUAAUCUAUAUGAACUAAGUGGAAACUAUGAGAAGGAUUCUGCGAAAAUUAAAUUAUUUGAUCGUGUUAAAUUUUCUAAACCAAUAGCAAUGGAGCAGGUGCUAUGGCCAAAACAUUGCAUCCAAAAAACAUGGGGAUCUGAAUUUCAUCCUGAUUUAAAAGUGAUUAAAGACUCAAUUAUGAUAUACAAAGGAACAAAUUCAGAUAUUGAUAGUUAUUCUGCGUUUUAUGAUAACCUAAAAUUGUCUGAAACAUCUUUACAUUCUGAACUACAAAAAAGACAUGUAACGCAUGUUUUUGUUUGUGGUAUUGCAUAUGAUUAUUGUGUAUCAUUUACCGCUAUAGAUGCCUUAGAACUAGGCUAUGCUACUGUUGUUAUUCGAGAUGCCACUAAAGGGACUGAUGAAACAAGCAUAAAUGUUAUGACUGAAAAAUUAAAGAAUAGUAAUUGUGUCAUAGAAAAUUCUUCUGACUUAGAGAAAUUUCUUACAGCAAAAAGUAUAAAUUUAGAAUUCGCUAAAGUUAUGGGAAAACACAUUAAUUAAGUUUUUUAGU